AUGGCAGGACGUUUUUAUUUCGCAUGGAGGAUGUUUGCAACCGCUAAGGCACAAGAUGACCGCAAUUAUAACGCCGAUGUUGAAUCAAGAGUUCGUGCAUCUUUCAACCCUUUGUUACACCUCACGGGGAGGCAAUUUAAAGAUAGGUAUCGCAUUUCCAAGAAAGUGUUAAAGUUUUUGUGUAAAGAGCUAAGGAGUUUGACAAAUCUUAGCUCCUCUCAACGCGUUUCCUUGGAACAUAAAGUGCUCACUGCUCUAUUCUUUUUUGCAACUGGAUCUUACCAAAGGCCAGUUGGGAUUGCAAAGCACAUGUCUCAAAAAAUGUGCAGUGUGUACAUAGAAGAAGUUACCCAGGCGCUGACACACAAAAAUAUAAUAAAUAAAUAUAUUCGGUUCCCUGACACUCCAGCUGCUCGACAAGCAGUUAGUCAACGUUUUUACAGAAAAUAUGGAAUUCCUGGAGUGGUUGGUUGUAUUGAUGGAAGUCAUUUUAAAAUAGUUGUUCCACCAAAAGAAGAGGAACAUUUGUAUUAUAGUCGUAAGCACUACCAUUCACUUAAUGUUCAAAUGGUAUGUGAUGAUGAAUAUCGAAUUUUAAAUGUGAAUUCCAAGUUUGGAGGUGCAAAUCAUGAUUCCUUUAUAUGGGAAAACAGUGAUUUAAACACAUACAUACAAUCUUUGCACCAAAAUGGAGAAAUUGUCUGGCUUUUAGGAGAUUCUGGAUAUCCCCAACGCCCAUGGCUUAUGACACCAUUUUUAGACGCUGAGUCCAAUAAUUAUAAUGAUAAGCACAUGAGAGCUCGAGUUGUUAUUGAAAACACAUUUUCAAGGUUGAAAAAUCGGUGGAGAUGUCUGCACAAGGAUAGAGUUUUGCAUUACAAGCCUGUAAAAUGUGCACACAUUAUUUUAGCAUGCUCUGUGUUACAUAAUAUAGUUAUUAAUUUUGGUGUUGAGGAUACAGAGGAAAAUAUAGGUCUGCAAUUUGAAAGGACAAUGGAAUCUGAUCAAAUAACUUACACAGAAAGAGAAGCUACCUCUGAUUUAAUUAGAGGUAGAAUAUUAAGAGAUCAAUUAGCAAGAAGGGUACUAUAG